CGUCCCUUGCAACCCCUCCGAGAUAACGUUGUCGUGAUGUACAAUACUUCGGAAAUUGAGCUCACUUUUAACAAGAGGGAGGAUAUUUCCGAAGUUAUCAAUGGCACUCUGCAGCUUUUCUACAACGUCCUCGUCACCAUCAGUCCCACCACCAUGUGGAACGAGUCGUGCGGGGAGCAGCUGCAGGAUUUCGGGUACCCGGAGAAGAUCAUCAUCGGGGUGAUGUUGGCGAUCAUCACGGCGGUCACCGUCAUGGGGAACACGCUGGUGGUGAUCGCUGUGUGCGUGGUGAAGAAACUGAGACAACCUUCAAACUACCUUCUGGUCUCUCUAGCAGUGGCGGACCUGUCAGUGGCCAUAGUUGUGAUGCCUUUUGUAAUAGUGACAGACCUGACCGGGGGCAAGUGGCUUUUUGGAGAGGUGUUCUGCAACAUCUUCAUUGGCAUGGAUGUAAUGUGCUGCACUGCCUCCAUCAUGACCCUGUGUGUGAUCAGCGUCGAUAGAUAUCUGGGGAUCACACGGCCCCUCACCUACCCAGCCCGGCAGAACGGUCAGCUGAUGGCGAAGAUGAUCCUGGGAGUGUGGCUGGCAUCAGCAUCCAUCACCCUGCCACCUUUCUGUGGCUGGGCCAAAAACGUCCACACAGCCGGAGUGUGCCUCAUUAGCCAAGACUUUGGCUACACCAUCUAUUCCACAGCUGUAGCCUUCUACAUCCCAAUGCUGGUCAUGCUGGUCAUGUACUACAAGAUCUUCAAGGCAGCUCGCAAGAGUGGCGCCAAGCACCGCUUCACUGACCUUUCGCGCCGCGAGCGCCUCGAAACAGUAACUAAUGAAGCGCUGCGAAUGCAGGGCCUGAAGCCGCCUGGUGUGGUGGAGGAGUGCGCGGCCCUGUCCCGCCUGCUGAACCGCGAGCGCAGGAACAUCUCCAUCUUCAAGCGGGAGCAGAAAGCGGCAACAACACUUGGUGUGAUCGUGGGGGUCUUCGCGGUGUGCUGGCUGCCCUUCUUCAUCCUGUCCACUGCCAGGCCCUUUAUCUGUGGAGUGGAGUGUAGCUGUGUGCCUAUCUGGCUGGAGCGCACGCUGCUCUGGUUAGGCUACGCCAACUCCUUAAUGAACCCUUUCAUUUACGCCUUCUUCAACCGAGACCUGCGCUCCACUUAUCGUGACCUUCUCCGCUGUCGUUAUCGCAACAUCAACCGCAGACUGUCUGCUGUGGGCGUGCAUGAGGCUCUCAAGGUUUAAAUUGGCAACUUCUGCAGCAUAUAUGGACUCUCAAAAAUGUGGAGUAAGGGGGCCCUGUGCUGGUGCACUUGGUGCUUACAGGGCGACAUGUAGCCUUCACAGCAGGCCUGUAGAUAAGACAAAGACUGGCAGAAUGGGAGUC